AUCAAUUCUCGCUGGAUAUUUCUAAUGUCCAGUUAAGACCUGAAAAAAAAGGGGUUUCAAAAUGUCUUAUUCAGGGACAUGAACUUGCACUUUCUCUCACAAAGGAGUGCUGCAAUCUUAGAAGAACUCCUUCGUUCUCUUUCUCUCUCUUACUGAGCAGAAAGAGCGAGAGAGAAAGAGCAGUAUGGAUCCCAAAUCCCUUCUUGAUUACGCUGUUUUCCAACUCACCCCAACAAGAACCAGGUGCGAUCUUGUGGUGAUUUCUGGGAAGAAGAGUGAGAAACUAGCAUCUGGGCUGGUGGAACCCUUUCUCUCUCACUUGAAAUACGCAAAGGAUCAGAUUCCUAAAGGUGGGUAUUCCAUAGCCCUUCGUCCACCCCCCACCGCCGACGAUGCUUCCUGGUUCACUAAGGCCACAUUUCAGAGAUUUGUGAGAUUUGUGAGCACUCCUGAAAUUCUUGAGAGGAUCAUACGAAUCGAAGAAGAGCUUUUGCAGAUUGAGAAUUCGAUUCAGUGUAGUGAAAUUUCGAAUGUCGAAGAUUCAGGGGAAGGUAAUCUUUCUAUUGGCGACGGGACAGCGAAGAAGUCGAAGACUCCCUCCGAGGAAGACGAUCAUGGCGCCGAGCCGAGAGAAAAUUCCAGAGUUCGUCUUCAACGAGUUAUGGACACCCGGAGAGCGUUGCUGCAGAAAGAACAAGCCAUGGCUUACGCUCGAGCCGUCGUUGCGGGAUAUGAGAUGGACACCAUCAACGAUCUAAUCUGCUUCGCCGAUGCAUUCGGAGCCUCUCGUCUCAGAGCGGCCUGCGCCGAUUUCAAGGAGCUUUACGACAAAAAGCAUUCGGACAACCAAUGGAUGAACGAAUUGGCAGCCGUGCAAGCCUGCCCUGUUCCUGACCUCUCAUUCAUGGGAGCAUCCGGAAUCAUGGUAGCCGGUGAGAAUAUCGCUCCGCUUGUCCGAACCAACUCCGAAUCGCCAUCGGAGUUGACUCCUACGAAUUCGGACGGGAGCAAAGAGAAUAAUCCGAAUGCUCAGCAACAGCUUCCGUGGAUGAAUCAGAUCCCGCCGUAUAUGUACAACUUUCAAGGCCCCGUUCCGUAUCAGGGAUAUCCUUUCCCCGGUAUGCAUCCCGUCCCGCCGUAUUAUCAGGCCCCCGUCGGAUGGACACCUCCCGGAGAGGCGAUCCAAUCGAAAAGUCAUCGUCCGUCGAGGAGGAAAGAGAGAUCUCCGAAUAAUGUCUCGGAAGAAGACGAAGAAACUGCGUCUGAGGAGUCGGAUGCUGCGACGGAUUCGGAUGGGGAACAAGAGCACGAUAAGAAGUCGUCUUCGAAGGGCCAUAAAGUUAAGAAGAACAAGAAGAAGAGUUCGAAAACUGUGGUUAUCCGAAACAUAAACUACAUUACCUCCCAAAGGCGAAACGGGGAAGACGAUGAGUCAAAUGAAGAUUCCUCGGGAGAAGAUUCGUUAGUCAACGAAGCUUCGAUUAGAGAGGGGAUCAACAAUGCGAUCGCAUCGUUGGAGAAGCAUUCCAACUCAAAAGGACGUAAGAAUCGAGGGAAAUACGGCGCCCAUGCUCGGAACGCGUCGAACGGCAACGGCGAGCAGGAAAUCAGCGACGAAGUCGAAGCGAAUAGUGUUUCCGAGGGAGGGAAAGGAGGCAAUGCUUGGGAUGCUUUUCAGAAUCUUCUCAUGAGUCAAGAAGAUUCGAAUUCUAGCGAAUUACAGAAGCGUCCCGGAGAGUCAAUGGACGGACAUUUUGCGAUGGAAAAUUCGAACGGCAAUGUUUCGCACAAAACUGGUGAUGUGUUGGAUUUCGAAGCUGAGAAGGUCAGGAUAAAAUCUUUGACGAUCGAUGAUUCGGUUCUUGCGUUUCAGGCUGGUCCGGGACACGGCGGUAAUGAUCCGACGGUGUAUUUCGGCGACGGAGAAAGGAAUCCGAACAUGAAGAAAAUUGUUUCCGAAGGCGAGAAUGCAUUACUUUCGUUCAACGGAUCAUCGAGGACUGCUGCGUCGGGAACUCUUCCCGAUUUCUCCUCGGAGAUGUCGACAGUUAAAAACCCGAGAGGUGAAGAUUGGUUCGUCGCGAAUACAUCCGGAGGUUUGGACAUGGCGGAGGCGAAGCAUUUGGAGUUCUCGAAUCGCAGCUACCUUCCGAAAGAAGCGCCUGUGGUUGACGAUUCGUUCAUGGUGGAGUCGAGAUCGAUGGGUCCGGAGACGGACGUAUCUCCGUGGAAAGCCGAUAUCAUCGGCGCCGAUGUCGAUAUACCGUCGCACCAAGAAAACGGUGCGGCGCCUAUUGCCAAGUCGAGCUCUCUCGAGCCCGACGACCUAUGUAUGAUGCUUGUUCGGGAGUCGCAAGAAUUGGGUGCGUCUCGGUUGCCCGAUAUGGACUAUGAAGUCGAGAUCUCCUUCAACGAAACCGAUAAAAACUCCGCCACUAAAUCGAACGGCCGCGAUUCUGAAGAUAAUUUAGCGAAGGACAAAAGUCCGGGCAGCAAGAAAACUCCCGGCUCGACGAUCAAAACUCCGGGCAGGGACCCGAGGUCGAGAUCCUUGACCGGAUUGCUUGCCCGGAGCAAGACAGAUAUGCUGUCGAAGAGCAAAAAGAUGUCGCCGGGCAGCAGAUCGAUGGGGCAGAAGAGCAAGUUAGAGAGGGAGGAAGAGGAGCGGAAGCGAUUGGAGGAGCUCGCGAUUCAACGGCAGAAGAGAAUUGCGGAGAGGACGGCGGCAAGUGGAACGGCGACUUCUCCGGCAGCGUUGAAGAAGCUUCCUUUAGGAAGUAAAUCGGCGCCUUCGAAGCUCGAGAAAAGCAAAUCUUCGUCGGUUGCGCGGAGAAUUUAAAUGGCGAAACUCCGGUCGGUGUUUCCGGUCGCCGGAGUUGGUUGUAAAGACGUUAUUUGUCGUUGGUUUGAUGUUUUUUUUUUUUUUUUUUUUUUGGCUUUUGAGGAUGGUAUAUAUUCAUUGAUUUGUUUGUUGUCCCUACAAUAAAAUGUGGAUGAUUCGAUUUA